AAAGCGGGGCAGGCGCGCGCGGGUGCUGCACGAGCCCACGGGAGGAGGAUAUCGCGCGACUGGGUUUUUCUAUGGAAACGCGUUGAAAACACCACCAGCAACAAUUCACCUUCACCACCAGCAGCAACACCAGCACCAGCACGGAGGCGCUUGUCUUUAAUUCCUCGUCGUUUUGUCACCUUGUUCGGGGAACGUUCGGGAAGCGCGGCUCGGUGUGCGGUCUUGUUUUGGUUGGAGAAAAACAAAAGCGGAAAACCCACGGGGAAAGGUGCUCGGCGCGGUCGAGGCAGCGCGGCAUGAACGCGCCCGCUCGCCGGCCCUGCUGUGGGUGAGAGCGGAGCGCGCGUUCCGAUUUUUGCGCCGAUAAACAAAGACGCGGAUACCUACUCUAGUUUCGUGUCCGUUAACUCGCCCCCAGAUUGAACUCUUAAAAAAAAAAAACGGAAGGAUACGGAUACGGUGGGAGCGGUUUAGUCUCCGGAGCUGCCCUGCAGCAACCGUAAACAUAACAAAAAUAAAUAAAAAGCCACGAUGAUGAUGAUGAUAAUGAUGCACGCGCUCGCCGUCCGGAUCCUCGUUCUCGGCUUGUGCGUGCGCGGCGCCGCGGCUCAAGCAGCGUCCACUCCGGCCGUGUGCGCGCCCGCGUGCCGCUGCGACGGAGACGGCGGCGCUGACUGCUCCGGGAGAGGGCUGAGCUCCGUGCCGAGCGGCCUCAGCGCCUUCACCUACUACCUUGACCUCAGCAUGAACAACAUCACUGAGCUGCCUGUGAAUGUAUUUAAGAACCUGCCGUACCUAGAGGAACUGAGAUUGGCAGGUAAUGAUCUUACUUUCAUCCACCCUGAAGCUCUGGCCGGUCUGCACCAGCUCAAAGUACUCAUGCUUCAAAAUAACCAGCUGAAGACGGUUCCUAGUGCUGCUCUCAAGAGUCUCCAUGCACUGCAGUCUCUGCGCUUGGAUGCGAACCACAUCACAGUGGUGCCUGAGGACAGUUUCCAGGGCUUGCAGCAGCUCAGACACCUGUGGCUGGACGAUAACAGUCUGACCGAGGUUCCAGUCGUGCCUCUGCAGCAUCAGGCAAACCUGCAGGCACUCACGCUGGCACUCAACCGCAUUGGCCACAUCCCGGACAAUGCCUUCGCCAACCUCUCCAGCCUGGUGGUGUUGCAUCUGCACAAUAACAGGAUUGGGGAGAUUGGGAAGAACUGUUUCAGUGGCCUGGACAAUUUAGAAACACUAGAUCUGAACUACAACAACCUGAAAAGCUUCCCUGAAGCCAUCCAGACUCUCCCCAAGCUGAAAGAGCUUGGCUUUCACAGUAAUAAUAUCGCUGUCAUACCUGAAGGAGCUUUCUAUAAGAAUCCACUGCUACGCACCAUUCAUCUCUAUGACAACCCUCUCUCCUUCGUGGGAAGGUCGGCUUUCCAGAACCUAUCAGACCUGCACUCUCUGAUGCUGCGUGGUGCAACUAUGAUACAGGACUUCCCAAGUCUGAGUGGAACAGGGAGUCUCGAGAGCCUCACCAUAACAGGCACCAAAAUCAGAGCCGUACCUGCAGAUCUAUGUGAGGACCUCGCUGUUCUUCGGACUUUGGAUCUUUCCUACAACGAGAUUGAAAAGCUGCCUUCCUUUCAGGGCUGUGUGAGUCUUCAGGACAUAACCCUACAGCAGAACCACAUCCAGCAGAUCGAGCAAGACACCUUCCAUGGCCUGACAAACCUUCGCAUUCUAGACCUGAGCAGAAACGAGCUGAAGUUCAUCCAUCCUGAUGCUUUACACUCUCUCAGUGCCUUGACCAGCCUGGAUCUGAGCAUGAAUCUUUUAGCCAGCGUACCUACAGCUGGAUUAAACGCCCUAAACCAGCUUAAACUGUCCGGCAAUGUGGACAUAAGGAGCAGCCUGAGUGCUGUCGGCCUUCCCAAGCUCAGGUCUAUAUCAGUGCCAUAUGCAUAUCAGUGCUGUGCUUUCAUUGCCUGUGAUGGCGCACUGACUUCCCUUGAAAGAGAGGACAAGAGGAAAGGCAUCGGUGUGGAUGAGGAGAUGGAGAGGCCCCUCCUGCUUAUGCAUUGUUCCCCUUCCCCAGGAGCAUUUAAACCGUGUGCCCACCUACUUGGCAGCUGGAUGAUUCGACUGACUAUAUGGUUCAUCUGCCUGGUGGCUCUCCUGUUUAACAUCCUCGUCCUGGCUGCCACGCUUUCUCCACGCAGCUGCCCGCUGUCACCCACUCGCCUACUUGUGUCCGUCCUGGCGUCCUCUAACCUGCUGACAGGACUCUACGUGACUGCGCUGGUAGUCUUGGAUGCUGCCACCUGGGGCUCGUUCGGAUCCUAUGGCGUGUGGUGGGAGACAAGUGCUGGGUGCCAGGCACUCAGUGUGCUGGCCGUGUUCUCGUCCGAGUGGGCCGUUCUGGUGUUGCCUCUGGCCGCUGUGGAGCGCAGCCUGGCUGUCCAGGCGCUGAUGGGUAAAGCCGGGGCGCUAAGGAGCUGUGAUCGGAGGGGACAAAGACGGAAAUUUGGACUAGCUGCAGGACUUCUGGGUGUAUUGGCAGCUGGGGUGGCAUUUUUAAGUUUGUAUCAAGGAGCAGUAGAGGGUUCUCCGCUGUGCCUACCCUUCUCUGGAGGUUUGACACCUGAGCUGGGUGUAACGGUGGCACUAGUGCUACUGAACACCCUCGCAUACCUGUUGAGCGCCGUGAUAUACACCAGGCUUUACUGUGGGCUGGGCCGAGCGCAGCUCGCCGAUCCAGAGCAGGCAGGUUCCGUGCGGCACGUCGCGUGGCUUAUUUUUACCAACUGCAUCUUUUUCUGCCCUGUGGCAGCGUUCUCCUUCGCCCCACUGUUGACAGGAAUGGGUAGCGCAGCUGGAAGUCCAGACAUGGCCAAAUCAGUUACUCUGAUCUUCUUCCCUCUGUCUGCUUGCCUAAACCCGGUGUUGUACGUCUGCUUCAGCCCCGCCUUCCGGCACGACUGGCUCCGCCUCAGGGGGCGGAUCAGACUCGGGAGAGACAUGAAAGCAAUCGGGACCGGUUCAGCGGGCAUCACCGGGACAAGUGAGGUCGGGGUUUCCAGCGAACUGGGCUACGAAUGUGGAAUGUGCGAACGGUGCGAGGCAGCUCUUCUAGCCAGGGCAUCUUCAUCAUCUGCCUCCUCGUCCUCCUCCUGCACGUGCAGGCAUUUAAUAAAGUGGCACAGUUGCCCGGCGCUGACAGCAGGUGAGGUUCCGUGCUCGCGUCCCGAGGGCGACUGGGCAGACUGCGGCACUCUGUCCACGCACUCAGAAUACGCAGACGAGGGAGACUCGUUUGUCUCGGACAGCUCGGAGCAGGCGCAGGCCUGCGGACGUGCGUGUUUCUGCCAGAGUCGUGGUUUACCUUUAGUUCAUUACUCUUACAACGUGCCUGGCAUUAAAGACUGAGAAUGAGUCACUACACACACACAUACACUCACACAUUCACACCUCUGCUCAUUCACUUCAGAGUGUCUGCUCACAAGACACACACUAAAGCACAUUAUGCAGGGAACAGUGGGUGAUUUGAGACACACCCUGAAGCCAGAGAUGUUCGACUGAUCUGGAAGCACUUUUUUUUUUUCAGACUCAUCAGUGCGUGCGUAGUCGCACGUGAAACAAUGCCGACACCUCGUCUGUAAAUUACAAGAGGAACUGACGAUCCGUAAAAAGACUCACUGAGCCAAAUUUCAGCAGGACCCGACCCGUUUCUCUUCGCAUUUUAUUCCUGUCCGCAUGGCUGCAACAAGCUAACUAACUUCUUUAAUCCUUAAAGAACGAAAUCCGCGCGCCCUGGCCCGCCCCUCACUCUUCGACAGGACACGACUUCAGUUUGCAAAGAUUUUUGCUCAGCAGGGAUACACGUCUCCAAGUCGAGAAUAUUUUCGUCUUGAUUUUGUUCUUCAGCGUUGGCAUUCCUUGUUCCGUUGACCUCAGUGUGUGAGACGGAAGUGUGGGAUCUUUUUUUUCCCAUGUAGCUGCAUUCAUGUGUGUGUAUGUGUGUGUGUGUUAGUCAAGGGGAAUGUAACGUAACAGAAACUUUGAAAGAGCGAGUCUAUUUUUCACUGCCUCUUUUCCUGGAAAUUCUGCUAAUAUUUAGCACUGGCCAGCAGCCAUUCCCUCACACUGUUCAGCGCCGUGCAGAAGCCUUCGGCGUGAAAUAGUGGUUUGAAGGCACAAAAGAUAAGACGUGAGCUCCAGUUCUGUUUGCCGCUCUCGUUAAGAUGUAAGAAGCGUUGUUUCGACAGUAGCAGUGGCUUUAUCAUACACACGGUGCCCUAAUUUAUAAACAGAAAUGUUAUGUAAAGUUGUUUCGAUUAUAGAUUGAUGUAAAUAGUUCAGAGGUUAUGGUACUGUAUAUGAAACAUGCUUGGACCUUUGUAUUAUAAGUUCUUUAGUGUCAUACUAUCAUCACUUAGAAACUCAGGCUCUAAUUUACUAAAUACAAAACAAAAAAACAAAACAAAGAAAUAUCACGUUUAAUCAGGUUUGUAUGUAGAUUCUACACAUGUUUAGUAAAUAUGGAAUAGCAAAUCAUAAUGCAUCCCAUAUGUCAUGAUUUUUUUUUAAUAAUAAGAAAAGUGAGGAAUAAAACGUAACAGGGUGCGCUGUUAUUGGAAAACAUUCAAAGCCUAAAUGAUGGAUAUUUCAAUAGCGCCUGCCUAGAAGUGUUUUAUUUCUUUUAUCUGAUGUCAGUUGAAUAACAAUUACAUUGUAUUAUGUACAAUUACACAAUUUUAUUCAUGUUUUUGGUUUAAUGUUAAACAUCAACAAGAAGUUGCCACUUACAUUCUAGCAGUUAUAAACAGUUAUCUCGUUCACUCACCAGCACUCUGUUGCGGUUAAUAAGACAUGACUAAGAAACAGCACUGACACUGAAGACUCCUUCCAUACAUGUUAAAUAAGCAUCUGUGUAAAGGAAGCUGCACUGUAAUCAAUAGAAAUGUGUAGUAAAGAACAUUCUCCUAAACCAUAUCCCCAUGAUCAAUAUUGAUUAUAAGCACAUCCAAUUUCUUUCUAUUUUUAAUGCUCUACAAUCUGUUAUAUCCACAGCAUUGACUUAUUAAACUAACAAUGCCAUCUUAAGUUACAGUUUCUCACUCCUGGAAGCUGUUUUAAUCCAAACUCCUCGCCCCCGCUAAACAUUUACAAUUUAAAAUAAAAAUUUCAUGUUGUUAUUACAUUAUUUGUACAGUAAAUCACCCACGAACUCUGAGGGUGAGUUAAAAAUGAUCCGCACUCUGGCUGUAGAAUUUAUAUAAAUAGUUAUUUUUUUGAUGCAAUCUGCUUGCUUUUCAAUGCCACCUUGUCUAUCUAUCAACAAGUUUUGGUAUUCCCUCAUAAAAAAAAUUAAUCAAAAUGCUCCACAAAUCAUGGCUUUAUCAGAAGGGAAUCUUUAUCCACGUAGGGCUGCUUUUAGGGGGGAACCAAACAGGUGAAAGUCUGAUGGUGCAAGAUCAGGACUAGAGGAAGGAUGCUUUAAAACUUCAAUAUGAAGUGUGUUAACAGGCUAGGGAUAGCAGUACUCUGCGUUUAAUCCAAAGUUUGGGCUUCAGCUCUUCAAUAAGUAUCUCCGUGUCACAAGCACUGUUGAUUGUUGAACCUUUCUCCUGAUAAUCUUCCAAUACUAGCUCUGAAGAAUCCCAGAAAACUUUAAGCAUCAAUUUUUUCGAGUUUCUUGCUUUGCAUUAGGUUUCCUUUUGUUUAGUCUCAGGCUCGUAGUGAUAAAUCCAUGUCUCGUACCGCAGUUGCAAAUGAACUGAAGUAAUAUCUUCUGAUAAUACAACAGAAGUUUUAAUACAACUGGCUGCGGAUCAUUUUUGACUCGUACAUAAGGAAUUUAUCUAUUUAUUUUAUUCAAAUCAAGAGCUUAUAAGACUAAGGUCAUCACGAACAUGAGCAAUUUUGAUGUGUCAGAUUGCCUCACUCUAUCCCCAAAAAUCACAACAAUUUUUUUCUUUUUUAUACCAGUGUUAUUACUAUAAUCCACAUAUUUACUGUACAUUCUUCCACCACUAACCGGUCCAAAAAGCAAACCUGUAUAUGAAAUUCAUUUGUAUGUUUUUUACCCUGUAAUUUUAAGCUGUUUUUCUUUGAAGCUUAUGUAUAUCGAGACAUCACACACAGUCAAUGAACAGAAAAGCUUCCACCUCACUUUCACUUUCUCUCCUGCAGAACGACUACCGUCAGCGUUUUUAUUUUAAUUUUUUUAAGUUUGCAUCCGAGCUGAUUUUAAUUUAUAUCGCCGUCAAAUAAGCUUCCACCAGCUGAUGUUUAAAGUAAUCUCCUAAAAUGAGGUAGCAUUUAAUGUCGCUAACAAAUUCCAGAUGUUUAAGUGUUUCAGCUGUGAUUCUGUCUUUUUACGUUUGUCUGUAAGUGUUGUAAAUUAUUUGUAUAAUCAAGAAAUGGGAUGCAUCGUCUAACCAUGGAAGCUACCUCUUUAACUGUAGCGGCUGCCGUUAGUGUGCAGUGUGUAUGUGUGACAGAGUGGUUGCUCUUGUGUUUUUAUGUUUUUCAUUUUCCGUGUCCACUGUAUGAUUACCCGAACUGUAAAUACUGUACAUCUAGUUUGUACUGUCACUGAAUGAAAGUCACAUUUAAAUUGAUAUCAUUGUGGGAGGAAAUUGUGUACGGUAUAUAGUAAAAUUUUGUAAAGCAAACUAUAUAAAGUCAAUUACUUAAAGUCUGA